AAAUCAAAACAUCACCCAGCAUACAAAAGAGAGUUAUAACUCAAAUACAGAUUAUCCAAAUGGACUUCGAGGAUGACGAGGAAGCUGUGCAGCCGCACUAUGCUCAGAAAUUCCGGGCUCCAAGGGAUCCCCUCCUGCUCGCUACCUAUGAACUCUUUAGGCCCUCUCCCCAAACCUUAAACCUAUAUAGCGAGCGGGGUCGAGAGAUUUUCGCAGAAGCCUUUAUUGAGGGCGGAUUGGACACUUUGGAAAACCUGUGCGUCAAGAGUCUGGCCAAGUUGGGCAUCCGCGGCAUAUCCCCUACUUUGUUGGAGAAACCGGAACUAAUGAGGGUCUUCUAUGACGCUCUGGAUGUAGAGUUACCUCUGGGGGAGUGCUACAUGAUCGAUGACCAGCGCUUCUGGAGGCGGGUGGUGCUGAGCAAGACGCUGGACAAGACGCUGCACCUGAGGCGGUGGAACGAGUUCGACUGGAAGUCGGAGGGCGUGAGCCGCAAGUUCGUGGAGCAGGUGGAGUCCUGUCCGGUGAACGUGAGGCCGCAGAGCAGGCUCGCCCAGCUGGCGGAGAAGGUGUGGGAGUGCGUGAGCUCGAUGCACGUGCGCAAGCUGCAGGCGCUGCCCGAAUACGCCUUCCUCAAGUACAUCGAGAGCAAGCCGGAGGACGAGGUGACCUCCGAGUCCUCAGACGAGGAGGAGGUCUCCAGCGACGAGUCCGACACCGAAAAGAGCCUCGACGGCGAGGAGGAGGAGGAGGAGUCCAGCUCGAGCGGUGGGGCGGCCAUCCAGUUCUGGCGCCCGCACAGCGAGGACGAGGACACCGUCCGCCGGAAUGCGCGGCACCAGCGGAACGCCAAUCGCCAGCAGGCCAGGGAUAUCAUCAAAAAGAAGAGGGAGCUUCGCGAGGAGCGCCGCAGGAUGCGCCAGAUGAUGCUGGCCGACCUACUAACCCCGGAACCCGGCAAGAAGAAGAAAAAGAAGAAGAAGGAGCUGCCCAUUCAGGAUGUGUUCAGCAUCCCGGUUGAGCCGCCAAAGUCCGACGACGAGGACACGAAGCCGGACAAGCGCAACAAGCAACUGAUGCUGGAGAGGACCAAGCGGUACGAUUAUCCGGAUAGCCACUGCCACCAUAUCGAUCUGGGAUUCGUUCGCUUCUUCGAAAACAUGGUGUCCUUCACGUUGGAGUUCCUGGGACCUCCUGACGUGAAAGAAUAUCAUAGUCGCGUGAUGAAGUUCUCCUUCGGCGAUAUGGUUCGUUUGAGUAGAGGACUCCGCUGUCUGCCGAACCUGAAGACCUUCAAGCUGCGGAACGGGCGCCUGGAUGUGAAGAAGCUCCGCAUCCUGGCCCGCGCCCUGCGGACCUUGGACUCCCUGGAAGAGGUGGACUUCGGCUACGACCAGAUGACGGAUGACUGCAGCGAGGCGCUCUCCUAUUUGCUGAAUCGACCAAGAAUGUACCGCAUCAUCCAGCUGGAGUACAACCGACUGGGCGCCAAUUCAUCGAUGGUCAUCGGUAAGGCCAUAAGCGAAUCCCAGGAGGGCGUGCUGGAGUACUUGGGUCUAGCCCACAACCCCUUGAACGAGUUAGCCCUCCACUCGCUCUUCUCGAGCUUCAUCGGCACCCCGCACGUAAUGGCCCUGAACAUCUCCGGAAUCGAUACCGCACAAGGCGCCUUUUCUCGGGACAUCGGUAAUCUGCUGCGCAGCCACACGCCACUCAUAAGUCUCGAAAUGGCGGCCACCAACAUCGGUCCCUCCCAGGGAAAUCAGAUACUGAGGUCUCUGGAGAAGAACAACAGGAUCUUGUAUGCCGACUUCCGUGAGUGCGAGCUGUCCCUGGACCAGGAGUUCGAGGUGGACAUGAUCGUGCGGCGCAACAACUACAUCCACGAAAACCUCCACCACGGCGAGAACCUGUGCGCGGUGGUCAAGGAGCGGCGCCACCCGAUCGUCCAGCGGAUCGAGGAGGACUAUGCCCGGGACAAGGAGUGCGUGAUGGCGAGGCCGAAGUUCUCCAGCUCCAGCGAGGAGCAGGUGGCCGAGGUGGUGGAGGAGAAGGAGGUGGAGGAGGAGCGGGACAUCUGGGCGCUCCUCGCCAAAUGGAACCAACCGGCGGUGGCCGAGGAGAAGGCCUUGUCGGUGCCGAAGGAGUCGCCUCGUCCUUCGAUGGCAAAGCCACUCCCCUUCGUCUACGAGCCGAACAACUUCGAUCUGGAGCAGUUCCGGGAGUCCGUCUUCCUGCCAGGUCCUGGCAACCGAUUUUUCUACCUGCAGAAGAACAAGACUCCGUAGCUGGAGCUCCAACAACUGCAUAACAUUGUACUCUCAGUAUAUUUUCGAAGCAUUAAACGCCCCACUUAGCCGGCAA